UUUUAUUCAGUUUAUAAAGGUUAUCAAACCGGAAUCUUUACUUCUUGGCCAGAAACUCAAAAAUCCGUCAAUGGUUAUCCAAAAGCGAUUUACAAGAAAUUCAAAACCAAACAACAAGCCGAAGAGUUCCUAAAAACCGACCAAACCAAAUCAUUAAAUAAUUUCAAUACUUUACGAGUUUAUUGUGAUGGAGCUUGUAGUAGUAAUGGACAGAAGAACAAAUUAACCCCUGCCGGUUCAGGUGUUUGGUGGGAACCUAAUCAAGAUUGUUCGGUCAAGAUACCUAGUAAUCUAGCUUGUCGUUUACCUGGUCCUCUUCAAUCAAAUAAUCGAGCUGAAUUAUAUGCUAUUUAUCUUGUACUAAAACAUGAUCCAGAUCCAAAUCUAAAACUCGAAAUCUAUACCGACUCACAAUACUCAAUCAACUGUUUAACAAAAUGGUUAUCGAAUUGGAUGUCAAACAACUGGAAAACCUCAGCAGGUAAACCAGUAGAAAACCAAGACUUGAUUAAUUCGAUUCGAUUAUUGCUUUUCAAAAGAGAUCAAAUCCAUCGGAAUGGAGCUCAAUUGAUUUAUGUCAAAGGUCAUUCUGGUUUACUUGGGAAUGAUCAAGCUGAUAAGUUGGCUAGAUUAGGUGCUAGUAAAGAACCUAUUCAUGAUUUGAUUCUCGAUUAAACUUUUUUCUUUUGGUCAAGGGGUGGGUUGAGAGGUGGUUGGGGAUUGGGUGUGGAUUGUUUGUAUUGCUUAGUUUAGGAGAUUUAAAGGUUUGGUCAUCAAAAAAAGCAACGGAUAUGUGUGUGUUUGUAUAUUUUAUUUUUACUUUUUACUUCAUGUAAGUUGAAACUGUUGCAAAGGUUACUACGACCACCUUGGACUUGUAAGAGUAAGAUGAAUGAAUGAAGGAUCAAGUAAGGGUUUUCUUU